GGGGGGCGGGGGCCGGGGCGAAGUGACCAGGCGGCAGCGGCGGCGGCGGCUCUGCUGAGGUGACAACGUGCUAGCAGCCCUUGCUCGCUCUCGGCGCCUCCUCGGCCUCGGCGUCCGCUCUGGCCGCGCUCGAGGAGCCUUUCAGCCCGCCGCUGCGCUAUGAGGGCCCCUCUCUGGGGCUGGCAGAGGCCGGAGCCGGCUCCCUCUGCUCACGGGGAAGUGUGAAGAGAGAGGCGCGAGCGGGAGCCGGGACUGAGCGCGGCGCUCGCGGGCCGGCGCGGGUUCCAGGUGAGCGCGGGCUUGGCGAGACCCGCACUCGGCGCGGCCGGCCGGCGCCUGCUGGGCUUGAUCGGAGGCUGAAUCCCGUGCGUGGACCGCCGUUCCCUCUUCGCGGGAUCGUUGGCCACGAUAGCAGAUGCAUUUCUGUAGAAGCAUUUUGAGGAUGAAUGUUUGCAAAUUUUGAAAUUGCCAAGUGCAACAUACAUGGAAUGUAUCCUGCUUUUAUCUUGGAGUUCACCUGUGUGGCUUGGAUUUAUCACAGUAGCAUUUGUCUUCAAUCUGUGUGUUAACUAGAAAUCAAGGAAAGACAUGAGGAGAUUUGUUUACUGCAAGGUGGUUCUAGCCACUUCAUUGAUGUGGGUUCUUGUUGAUGUCUUCUUACUGCUGUACUUCAGUGAAUGUAACAAAUGUGAUGAUAAGAAGGAGAGAUCUCUGCUGCCUGCAUUGAGGGCCUGGUGCAGAACCAUUGCUGGGGAUCUAGUAUGGGCAUUUGGAGCUGUUAUUUCAAGAAACCAAGAAGGGCCAGGAGAAAUGGGAAAAGCUGUGUUAAUUCCUAAAGAUGACCAAGAGAAAAUGAAAGAGCUGUUUAAAAUCAAUCAGUUUAACCUGAUGGCCAGUGAUUUGAUUGCCCUUAAUAGAAGUCUGCCAGAUGUAAGAUUAGAAGGAUGUAAGACAAAAGUCUACCCUGAUGAACUUCCAAACACAAGUGUAGUCAUUGUGUUUCAUAAUGAAGCUUGGAGCACUCUCCUUAGAACUGUUUACAGUGUGAUAAAUCGUUCCCCACACUAUCUACUCUCUGAGGUCAUCUUGGUAGAUGAUGCCAGUGAAAGAGAUUUUCUCAAGUUGACAUUAGAGAAUUACGUGAAAAAUUUAGAAGUGCCAGUAAAAAUUAUUAGGAUGGAAGAACGCUCUGGGUUAAUACGUGCCCGUCUUCGAGGAGCAGCCGCUUCAAAAGGGCAGGUCAUAACUUUUCUUGAUGCACACUGUGAAUGCACGUUAGGAUGGCUGGAGCCUUUGCUGGCAAGAAUAAAGGAAGACAGGAAAACGGUUGUCUGCCCUAUCAUUGAUGUGAUUAGUGAUGAUACUUUUGAAUAUAUGGCUGGGUCAGACAUGACUUAUGGGGGUUUUAACUGGAAACUGAAUUUCCGCUGGUAUCCUGUUCCCCAAAGAGAAAUGGACAGGAGGAAAGGAGACAGAACAUUACCUGUCAGGACCCCUACUAUGGCUGGUGGCCUAUUUUCUAUUGACAGAAACUACUUUGAAGAGAUAGGAACUUACGAUGCAGGAAUGGAUAUCUGGGGUGGAGAGAAUCUUGAAAUGUCUUUUAGGAUUUGGCAAUGUGGAGGCUCCUUGGAGAUUGUUACUUGCUCCCAUGUUGGUCAUGUUUUUCGGAAGGCGACUCCAUACACUUUUCCUGGUGGCACUGGUCAUGUCAUCAACAAGAACAACAGGAGACUGGCAGAAGUUUGGAUGGAUGAAUUUAAAGAUUUCUUCUACAUCAUAUCCCCAGGUGUUGUCAAAGUGGAUUAUGGAGAUGUGUCAGUCAGAAAAACACUAAGAGAAAAUCUGAAGUGUAAGCCCUUUUCUUGGUACCUAGAAAACAUCUAUCCGGACUCCCAGAUCCCAAGACGUUAUUACUCACUUGGUGAGAUAAGAAAUGUUGAAACCAAUCAGUGUUUAGACAACAUGGGCCGCAAGGAAAAUGAAAAAGUGGGUAUAUUCAACUGUCAUGGUAUGGGAGGAAAUCAGGUAUUUUCUUACACUGCUGACAAAGAAAUUCGAACCGAUGACUUGUGCUUGGAUGUUUCUAGACUCAAUGGACCUGUAAUCAUGUUAAAAUGCCACCAUAUGAGAGGAAAUCAGUUAUGGGAAUAUGAUGCUGAGACCCACACUCUUCUUCAUAUAAUCACCCAGUCUUGUCUCUCAGUGAACAAAGUAGCUGAUGGCUCCCAGCAUCCUACAGUGGAAACCUGUAAUGAUAGCACUUUGCAAAAAUGGCUACUAAGAAACUAUACAAGAAUGGAAAUUUUUAGAAAUAUUUUUGGGAAUUCUACUGAUUACAUUCUCUAAUGAUUUUUGGAGAGACUCACGUUGCGACAUGUUAACAGUAACCAAUGUCUCGAUGAACCUUCUGAAGAAGACAAAAUGGUGCCUACAAUGCAGGACUGUAGUGGAAGCAGAUCCCAACAGUGGCUGCUAAGGAACAUGACCUUGGGCACAUGAAGACCAUGCCCUCCAAGCCAUGAAAGUGUCUACGCUUUUGUUUUUCCAUUAUUUCAAUUGGGGGAAAAUAUUGACUUUGCUGAAUUGAAAGUUUUAAAAAUCCUUUUAGUAUUCUAAAACACAAUUGUUUCUAAUUCGUUUCUAGAAAUGUUUGCUUAUUUCCCUAUUAAAAUUUGUAUCUGAUCAAAGCACAUAAAAAUAUAAAUAAUAGCAAACUAUUAUUAAACAACAGAACAACUUGUAAAACAAACUGUUUGCUUUAAGAAAAAUCUUUAUUGCACUCAUGUCAUAGGGUUAAUUGGAGGUUAUUUUAUUUUUGAUUGUCAUGGUGAUUGAAAGAGAUAAUGUAAAUGCCUUAUAAAAUCAUCUUCAUUAUGAAAUAUUAUCAGUUGCUUUAUAAACUCACCUGUUUUACCGAUCCUUCGUGGAAACAUGUUUGAAUUCUAUGUCUACAACAGGGCCACAUAUUAAAUUAUUUCUGAAUGGUGAAUUCAUCCUACAAAAUAUUCCAAGUUUUGGACAAAGAAAAACAUUACAUUGGAUAUUGAAUUCAUAGAGCCUUUACAGAAGCAUCACAUUUAAACCAAUGUGAAUCCAAAAAAGAGAAGGAAAAUUUUUAAAUUCAAUUUAAAGGACAUAAAAAAAAGAAAUCCGUGAGGCAUUGAGGGGAAAAAGACGAGUCUAAUCCGCAGUGCUUCAAUCAUUGUGAGAGAACUCAAAGUGGGUUGCAAUUAUUCCUAACACAGGCUGAAGCUAAACAAUCUUGCUUCCAGAGUUUAUGUUGGAAACUCAAUUCUUAACCAAAAUCUUGGUCUCCACAAACUCUACCAUCCCUUUUCUCUUCACUCUAUAGACAGUGGCAUGCCACUGAUGCUGUACAGAAUUGUAGGUGAAAGGGAGAAUUUUAGACUUAAUUUUUAACUCUAUUGCACUUAAAGAUUUUAGUUAGGUCACCACUGUCGUUUUCAUUUUCUAUGUUAAAGAAUACCUUUCAGUGCUAUGCUCCAAUUUCUAAAACUUUUAUCACCAGGGGAAUAAACUCAACACACAUUCAUUAAACUUUUAUUGUAAUUAAACUGCUAUAUAUUGUUUGCCAUAUAUUAUGGCCCGAGGAACAUAGUUAUAAUUAGGCUACAUUCACAGUUUCUUUUCUCAUCUUAAAACCCUUUAUGUUCAAAAUACAUUAACAGAGGCCAUGAAAAGGAAAAAAUAAUCAGAAUUUUGCUAAUAAGUUUUUGUAUUUGACAGCAUUUAAAAUGCUCAUAGAGUUACCCUAUAUAUGUAUGUUAUUCGUUAUAAAUGCACUCAGCAGCUAAGAGAAAUUCGAGAGGAAAAACGAAAGAAGUGUUUUCUGGAGCAGAAGAUUCCACUUCUGUGGUCCUCAUCUUUACUUAAAAAGCUCUUAUAGAAAGGAUUAAUCAUUCUGACUGCAUACAAACUCUCUAUGUCUCUGACUUGCACAUACGCUGCUUUAUAAUGAAAAUGAGGACACUUUCUGAUUGUCAGUAAAAUCUUAAAUGAUUUUUGCAACUGGUAUUCCUUCCUCUUUUGACUUUUUAUUGGUACAACUGUAGGGAAGAAUCUGCAACCUGGAGCAUUUCAGGUUUGCUCUUUAAAUAUAGACACCCCUCACCAUGAGCUUUCCGGGAAUCCGUGACUUUCCUAAAAUUGUAAGCAAAAUGUUGAAUAUCAGGGCACUUUUUUCUGAGGUGGGAGUAUGUCACUUACAGCAAACUUGGAAAGAAGGCUAUGACUCACAAGAGGCAGUGAACCAUUGCCUUAAAUUAUUAGCAGCCUCUCAAGUCCAUUGAGGCCUCAUGUAAAAUUCCCAUCUUUCAUGUUUACACUCCUCUUCUCCCCUCAUUUCCUUUUCUCCUAACUAAGGUAAAAAGACCCUGCACAGCAUUAUUACUUAAGUUGAAAAGCUUCAACUCUCAAGGACUCAUGUAUACCAUAUGUUCCACUUAUUGAUUUAUCAGUCAAAAUGCAUGUUAUGUAGAAAAUGGUCAAUGGCAAAUUUUUAUAAAUACAGCUACCCCAUCAAAGCUGAACUUGAAACAUUUUAGCAGCAUUUUAAAUAUGUGAAAGUUCGUUGUGGUCAUGGUGAGAAACUAAAACUACAUGAGUUUCAUGCUAGAAAAGAAUUUUUUAAGAAUCUUCAGAUGGCUUGAACGCAUGCCAUUACAGUAUCUAACAAAAAGUGGCAUAAAAUAUAAAAUACCCAACACUAGAAAGCAAUGACUAACAUAUAAUUUGUUUUCAAAAAUGUUUAUUGUCUUCAGUACAAAAAGUUAAAACCAUGAUUGGAUUCAUAAUGCACUUGUCUUAUAGAUCCCUUAUUUAUGGAGCUAGACUGACAUAUUUCAAACCAAUCUCUUCUGUGGUCUUCUGCAUCUCAGUUAAUGCAACUUCAAACUUCCAGAUGCUCAGGUCAAAAACUGAAAGUUGCUUUUGACUCCUCUAUUUCUGUUUCAACUUUCAUCUAAUCCAACAGCAAAUUCCCUUGAUGCUACCUUUGAAAUAUAACUAGAAAAGAAUGACUUGCCGCCACAUCCACUAGGUGUCACUACCUCUAACCUUUUUAAUCGCAAUAUGCUUAUUAUUUAGUUCCCUAAUUUCCUAGUCCUUGUCUUGAACAAUCUUUUCUCAAUACACCAGCCAUAGUGAUUCUGUUAACCAUGAAUUUGAUUGUGUCAUUUCCCUGCUCACAAUCUUCCAAUGACUUCUCCAUCCAGUGGCCUUCAAGGUCCUUCAUGAGUGUUACCCCUCUACACAUCCCCACCACUCACCACACAUACAUACACAUGCACACACACACAGAUACAAUUCCACCUUUUUCUAAUGCCAUCUCUUAUCUCUUAUUAUUCUGCCUCUUACUUACCCCACUACGGCUCCCAAGAAAGUUCCCGCUUUAGUGUUUUGUUCCCUCUGCCCCAGAGAGCUCCCCUUAGUGGUCUCAGUUCAAAUAUUAUCUUAUCAGUAAGACAAACCCUUCUCCCAUCUGCCCUCCCUAUCCCCUGUACCUGACAAUCUAAAAGUUUGCUUCUUUAUUUCUGUCUGCACUUCCCCCUCCCCAGCCCCAAACAUGCCCAUCACAUGCCCUAGAAGGUAAGUCCCAUGAAGGCAGGGGCUUUGUCAGUUUUGUUCAUUUGGUAUUUCUGGCAUAUAUAUUCUUUAAAUAUUUCUUGAAUUAAUGAACUGAAAAAUGUGUGUUAAAGUUGCUAAGUGUUACUGUAUCAUACUUUUUUUGUAUUUUAAAAUUUAAAAUAAAGGCUAAUAUAUUUAGACAGGAUUUCCAAUAACUUUGUCUUCAAGUUACAAUUUUCUUCGUAAUAUUCUUCACAUUAAACUGUGGACUAUAUAUUAUUUUCUGGAUAAAAUAUCCUGCCUUAUGGAAAUGAAAUAUGAUAUUUUAUUAAAAUGCUGCUAUAUUA